GCGUUGGGCUCGCGGGGCCCGGCCCGGGGCGGCGACGGCGGCGGGAGUGCGGAAGGAGUCAAGACCGAGAACAACGACCAUAUUAAUUUGAAGGUGGCGGGGCAGGAUGGCUCUGUGGUGCAGUUUAAAAUUAAGAGGCAUACACCACUUAGUAAACUAAUGAAAGCCUAUUGUGAACGACAGGGUUUGUCAAUGAGGCAGAUCAGAUUCCGGUUUGAUGGACAGCCAAUCAAUGAAACAGACACACCUGCACAGUUGGAAAUGGAGGAUGAAGAUACGAUUGACGUGUUCCAGCAGCAGACAGGAGGUGUCUACUAAAAAGGGAACCUGCUACUUUACUCC